AUGACGAUGAUCGGCGCAUUCGUUGGCGCUAAAACAUACACUGGUUCCAACGACGAUGGUCUGAUUGCAACGAGCAACAAGGCCGUGGAAUCACUUUGCCAACACACCGAUUACAAGCGAUCAUGUGUAAAGAGUCUUGCACAUGUAAACAACACAUAUGACCCAAAAGAGCUCAUGAAGGUAGCUUUUAAAUCCGCAAUAAAAGAACUACAAAUCGCCAUUGAUAGUUCUUACACACUAAGCGCAUUAGCCGAAGAUCAUAGAACAUCAAUGGCACUAGAUCUAUGCAUAGAGGCUCUCAACGCCUCCAUAGAUGACCUCAAAAGAUCAUUAGAAAAGCUAGACAAAUUCUACGUUACAAAGACAGAAGAAUAUGUUGGUGAUCUCAAGAUAUGGCUCAGUGGUUCGUUAACAUAUCAAGAAACAUGUCGCGAAGGUUUCGAGAACACAAAAGGUGAAACUGGCCAGAAGAUGAAGAAGUUAUUGAGCUUGGGUUGGAAACUCACUAGUAACGGGCUCGCAAUGGUUGACGCUGUUGGGGGGGUUCAGUUAACAAGGUUUAGUCAUGGACUCGAAAACAAGGGCCCGGAUAACGAUGCAUGGUGGGUGAAGCGGAUGCGGCUUGAUGUUGAUUUGAAAGCCUUCCAUAAUAUGGUUAGUGUGGCUCAGGAUGGUUCGGGAAUGUUUAGGACCAUAAUGGAUGCGGUUAGGGCAGCGCCUAAAAAGAACAAGCGACCCUAUGUUAUAUACAUCAAGGAAGGUAUUUACAAUGAGCAUGUUGAAAUCCCGCGCCAUCUUAACCAUGUUGUCUUAUAUGGCGAAGGUCCAACCAAAACUAGAAUUACCGGAAACAUAAAUCAUGAUGAUGGAGUUCGCACUUACAAGACCGCUACCGUUGCUGUGAAUGGAGAUCAGUUCUUGGCAAUGGACAUAGGAUUCGAGAACACGGCGGGACCAGAAAAACAUCAAGCAGUCGCCCUUCGUGUCUCGGGUGACAUGGCCAUUUUUCACAACUGUGCCAUUGACGGAUACCAAGACACCCUUUACACGCACUCAUACCGCCAGUUUUACCGCGAAUGCAACAUCACAGGGACCAUAGAUUUCGUGUUUGGUGACGCAGCAGCCGUCUUCCAAAACUGCAUGAUGAUUGUAAAAAAACCUCUUGACAAUCAACAGUGCAUGGUGACAGCCCAAGGCCGAAAGGACCGACACUCAAAAGGUGCAUUAAUCCUUCAGGGAUGCAUUAUUACAGCUGAUCAAGAAUUUUGGGCCACGAAGCCGAUGCCUAAAUCCUACCUUGGUCGGCCAUGGAAAGUGUUCGCGAGAACUAUCAUCAUGCAGUCGUUUAUCGAUCAGAACAUCGAGCCUGAAGGGUGGGCACCGUGGGAUGGAUCAUUUGCUCUAGACACGUGUUAUUUUGGUGAGUUUAACAACAUAGGACCAGGGGCUAAUACCGCGAAACGUGUUACAUGGAAGGGGUUCAAGAAGAUAAGCCUAGCAGAGGCUGUUAGUUACACCCCACAAAAAUACAUCCAAGGAGAUUUAUGGAUCAAGACAUCUAGUAUUCCUUAUGAUCCUGGACUCAUGUAG